AUGGCUAAUGGUCGUUGCAGUAAACAUUAUCCAAAGAAAUUCAAUGCCUCCACUGUUGUUGAUGAAGAUGGGUACCUGAUAUAUAUGUGUCAAGACAACGGGAGGACCGUUAACAGAAAUGGUAUUGAUCUAGACAAUCGAUUUGUAGUGCCGCACAAUCGACAACUUCUUAUGAAAUAUGAUGCUCACAUUAACGUUGAAUGGUGUAAUCAGUCCAGAUCUAUCAAGUACCUAUUUAAAUACGUGCAUAAAGGUCAUGACCGUGUCACUGCAAGUUUCUACCAAAGUGUUGACAAAGAUGGGAACAAGAAAGAGGUUGAUGAAAUCAAGAUAUACUAUGACUGUCGAUAUAUUUCACCUUGCGAGGCUGCUUGGAGGAUAUUUGGGUUCGACAUUCAUUUUAGGGAUCCUCCAGUUGAGUAUCUGUCUUUUCAUCUCCCUGAUCAACAGAGUGUUAUAUUUUCAGAUUAUGACCCAAUUCAAAAUGUUAUGAAUCAUCCAACUAUUAGACACAGUAUGUUCACCGAAUGGAUGGAAGCGAACAAAAAGUACGAAUGGGCUAAGGAGCUUACAUAUGUUGAGUUUCCAACAAAGUUUGUUUGGAAUAAUAGUGGCAGAGAAUGGCAACCAAGGAAAAAAGGCUUUUCAAUAGGGCGAAUGUUCUAUGUUGCUCCUGGUACCGGAGAACUCUAUUGCUUGAGAACUUUGUUGAAUAUUGUUCGCGGCGCUACAACAUAUGAUGAUAUCAAGACUGUCAAUGGUGUGGUAUAUAGUUCAUUCAGGGAUGCAUGUUAUGCUUUGGGGUUACUAAAUGAUGACAAAGAGUAUAUAGAUGGCAUAAUGGAAGCAAGUCAGUGGGGGACAACACAUUCUCUUAGAAAUCUUUUCGCAACAUUGUUGACUUCAGAUUCGUUGUCCCGACCUGAGUAUGUUUGGAGCAAGUGUUGGCAGUACCUAUCAGACGACAUACUCUAUAGGCGUCGUAGUGUCCUGGAUCUUCAGUUGACAGAUAAUGAAAUUCAAAGUUAUGCUUUGUUGGAAAUUGAAAAAAUAUUACAAGGAAGGGGUAAGAGUCUCCGUGAGUUUGAUGGAAUGCCAUUUCCUGACGAUGUUGAUGAAUUGGUGUCUGGAAAUAGGCUUAUAUAUGACGAGCUAUCGUACGAUAGGAAAAAAUUGACAGAGGAUCAUAAAAAUUAUGUCAACCAGUUGACUGAUGAGCAGAGAUAUGCUUACGACAGAAUAAUACAUGCUGUGGAUGGUGAUGAAGGAGGUGUGUUUUUUUUAAACGGUUUUGGAGGAAUUGGGAAGACCUUUGUAUGGAAAACACUUUCUGCUGGAAUUCGAUCGAAAGGAGAUAUAGUGCUGAAUGUUGCAUCAAGUGACAAGGGGGUCCACUGGCAGAAUUGA